AUAAAGAAUAGUGAGAGAGAAGAAAGGGACAGAGAAACGCUGGAGGCUGCGAGAAAAGCUCUCACCGUAAGCGACUUCGUUUCGCAGCUCCCGAGGCCGCUGUCGAUGAAAAAACAAGUUCUUUGCGUGGAGGAAGACGAGGAGAGGCGCAGUGGAAAGAGAAAAGAAAGAGUAAAACUCUCCAGUACGCAGUAGGCGCAGUGCGCACCAACGACCUCCACUGUCCAAGGAGUUCACGCACAGCACCAAACACUUUCUCUCUCUACAUAUCUCUCUACUUAUUGCGACCUCCCUUUCGACUUUGAGAUUUGUUUGAACUUACUAUUUGAAUCCGGCGAAUGCGAACGUUAAUCCGAAUCCAAACCCGAACUUGAACCGUAUCGGAGUGUGAAAAUGGAUCCGCCGACGCUCGUCAACGAGUGCUCGUUCCCUAACGCCAAUGCGACGUCGUUUAAUCUCUCGGAGAUCUGGGAGUUCCCGAUGAACGGAAGCGGCGCGAGCGCCGGAGAUUCCGGAGGAGCGUUGGGGCUGCGGGGGCCGAACUUCUCGCAGAGUUUCGCGCAGUUUGGGGACGUCUCGGGCGCGAUUCGGGACGUCUUGGCCGAUAGUGAUCCGAAUACGAUGAGCUUGGACCACCGAGGCAACCACGGCGGCGGACAUGGCGGUGCCUCGAGGAAAAGGCGUGACGCCGACGCCGAGUCUCCCAAAAGCAGUGGCGAUAUUGGCGCGAGUGAUUGUGAUGGGAAACGGCUUAAAGCAUCGCCUAGAUGCAGAGAUGAGAGUGCCCGUGAGUCGAAAGCCGAAGCGGAAACCAGUUCAGGCAAGCCGGCGGAGCCAAAUGCUCAGCCGCCUGAUCCGCCUAAGCAGGACUACAUACAUGUCCGAGCUAGAAGGGGUCAAGCUACUGAUAGCCACAGUCUUGCAGAAAGAGCUAGAAGAGAGAAGAUAAGCGAGAGGAUGAAAAUUCUCCAGGAUCUGGUCCCUGGUUGUAAUAAGGUUAUUGGAAAAGCACUGGUGCUUGAUGAGAUAAUUAAUUACGUCCAAUCGCUACAGCGUCAGGUUGAGUUCCUGUCGAUGAAGCUUGAAGCAGUUAAUACAAGAAUGAACCCCGGCAUUGAGGCGUUUCCUUCUAAAGAGUUCGGUCAACAAACAUUCGAUGCUGCUUCAAUGGCUUUCGGUACACAGCCUCCAAGGGAUUAUAGCCGCGGCAAUUCACCCGAGUGGUUGCAUAUGCAGGUUGGUGGUGGUUUCGAUAGAGCAACAUAGCCUAGAAAACUCGUCUUCAAAUUGGGAAUAAAAGCGCAAAGGGAACGCUUCCUCCUUCAGUAGCUGUCGAAGAAGUAUACUGCAUUAUGUUAAAUCAACGAACAUCUCCAUCUGUUCGUGUGUCGGAAAAUCGAACUUCGAACAUCGUAUAUCAUCCCUAUAGCAGGAUACACAUUCUUCUCCGUAUAAAUACCUAAGCGAAUACCCCGGGGGCAAUUAGUGACGUUCUUGUAAAAGAAUGAUGCUUGUUCUAUAUUUCUUAUGCUCCCACGUCUUGUUUAAACGUUGUUAGAACAUUGAUGAUUUGUUAUUAAGCUGAAACUACAUUAAUUAAAUAAAAUUAAUUAAGCCUC